GCGCAUUAUUUUUACGUCACCAGCAGGCUACUGGAUCCAGAAUGGCGGCAUAGGGAGUCAGUUUCUUUGCUUCGAUCGUUGUCACGAGUCAGCCAGCUAGAUCUUGACCUGUAGUAGUAGCUGAACAGCCAUGGCAGGACGAGUCGGAGCCUUCUUGAAGAAUGCUUGGGCCAAAGAGCCAGUGAUCACAGUCUCUUGUGGAAUUGGACUGAUAGCUUGCAUCAUGCCUUUUGUGAGCCCCUAUACAAAGUACACAGUCAAGAUGAAUAAAGCCAUGCCAUACAACUACCCAGUUCCUGUGAGAGAUGAUGGCAACAUGCCUGACAUCCCAAGCCACCCAUCAGACCCCCAGGGGAACCAGUUAGAAUGGCUGAAAAACUUCUAAUGCCAGAAUCUUUCCUGUACAUAACACACUCUUGCUCCUUCCUCUGAUGAACAUGCAGCUGAACAUAAUUAAUAAAGAACUUUAUUUAAA